AUUAAAAUUUUGUUUUCCCCUCCAACAACUUCAUUGCUUGGUCAGUGCCUCCUUCUUGUCUUUUCUACACAUUUCUGCUUCUGCAAAUUUUUUCCUCAGGAUUUUUCUAUAUCUAUAUAUACGUCAAGUAGUCUUCUGAUGAUUUCUCAUUCUACAUUUUCCAGAGUGAAAAUACAAGCACACAAUAUAUCAAACACCACAUUCAUUUCUCAUUCACUUAUCUAUGGAAGCUUAUUCUUCUAGCUCUUCUUCUUCUUCUUCCUCUUCCUCACCACUGCACUUUUCGCAAUACCCACAUGAAGGAAAGGGCCAAAAAGUGUCGCAGUUGCUCCAUUCGGUUCGUAAGCCCCAGCUGAAGCCAUGGAAGAAACCAAUUGCACCAUUGCCACCAACCCCACCAAGAGUGUACAAGGUCGACCCUAUAAACUUCAGGGAUCUUGUUCAGAAGCUCACCGGUGCGCCUGAUCCCUCGCAGCCUCAGCAGAGGCUCCAACGUAUGGCGCCUCCUCCGCUUGAUUUGGAGAAAGAAAAACCCGCAUUAUUUAGCAAAGAUUUUGCAGCACCUUUGCAGCUCCUUCCUUCCCCAGUCAAAGCUCCAUUUUCUGCUUUAUAUCAGGAGUUGAUGUCUGACACACCUGCUGAUCCAAAACCCAGGAAGGUUUCCGAAAGUGUAAUGGCAUCGACUUCACUCGAGUUGAACCUGCUGUCCCCAUCUACCCAUGGUUGGUGUUCUUUUCCUCUUCUGAGUCCUGGAACACUUUCUAGUUUGGAGCAAAGCACAGUCCUUUAAUUUAGUCGAAGCAGCUUAAUUAAUUUCUUGCUUCAUUUCCUCUUUCUUUAAGCUUCAAAGAGAUGGAGAAAAGAUCAAACUACUGUGAAUGAUAAGAAAAAAAAAUCAAAUCUGGAUUGAUAAGAGAAAAAAAAAAAAUCUCAUCUCUAUCAACUGGGCUAAUUUUAUUUGAUCCUAAAUUCAAUAUUCUAUUGUCAAA